CUAUUAUGUAUUAGGUCAAAAUCAAUAACUUGAUAACCUUUCAACGAAUUUUUACCUUCAUCAUUAUCCUAAACAUCUCUAGUGCGUAGUGAACAUUUUAAUAGAAAUGCUUCUAAGAAUACUCAUUCUCGGGAUAUUGCAAUUGUGUUUUUGUGACCACGCAACAUUCAAAAAUACUUAUAUUUUUAUACGACGGUUCGGGGAAAACAGUGGUACCAAUUUGACCGUUGAAUCGGCUGGUAGUUUGAACGAUUUUUUGUCGAAAGAACAUCCCAGAAGCGAGCAUUUCCACAGUAUUAUUUUGAAAGGUCAAAAUGUCCCCACGCUUCACAAUGGAUCUCUAGCAGAUUUGGUGAUAUUGGAUACGCUUUCAAUUGAAUUUAGCAAUGUUCACGAGAUCCAGCCAGGUGCUUUUAGGAACUUGACGUGCAGCGUUAUGUCUCUGAAAGGAAACAACAUAAAGGAACUAAGAAGCGACGUCUUGACCGGAUUGAGCCUCAAAGGUCUCGACUUGAGCCAAAAUGGCCUCUCUACGAUAUCAGAUUCCGCCUUUCACCAAAUGCAAAGUCUCUUAACUAUUAACCUGUCACACAACUCAAUCUCAACCUGGAACGUUAAUUGGUUCAAAAACAACGAUAUGCUGAUGCAGAUUCUGAUACAAAACAAUACCAUCAAAACCCUUCCGGAGUUCUCUUUCAGCAAUUUGGCGGGAGAUCUGCCCAUAGCUCUGGUGUUCAGCCAUAACAGAAUAUCCAAAAUCGAUACAAAUGCCUUCCGGGGCAUAAAAACCAUUAUCAAAUUGGCCUUGGAUAACAAUUUGAUUGAGGAUAUUGGAAAUAGCACACUGAAUGGGAUCAGCAUUUAUACGUUGAGGAUCAACAAUAAUAUGAUUAAGUGUUUGGAAGGAGAUCUCGACAAUAUCCUAGGUGAUUUUUUACUUUUACCCAUACUUAAGUAUAGUCUGGGAUUGCAUUUACCCUAAAUUGUCC